CGCUCUCCGCCUUCCCUUUCCCAUUAACAGGAAGUCAACGUGCCUAAGGUGCUCGGUUCUUCACCCGAAGCUAAGGCCCGUAAUCCGGCGACUAGCACCGUCUAAAUUAGGCAUCCGACGCCACAAACGUGAAAAUAAACUCCUAAAAUGGCUUCAGUAUCUGAGCUCGCCUGUAUUUACUCGGCUCUCAUCCUCCACGACGAUGAAGUCACUGUCACCGAGGACAAGCUGCACGCCCUGAUCAAGGCAGCCGGCGUUACCGUUGAGCCUUUCUGGCCCAGCCUCUUCGCCAAGGCUCUGUCAAACGUCGAUAUCGCCAGCCUGAUCUGCAAUGUCGGUGCUGGUGGCGGUGGAGCACCAGCCGGAGCCCCUGCAGCUGGAGGAGCUGCCGCCCCGGCAGGAGCUGCCCCAGCCAAGGCAGAGGAGAAGAAAGAAGAGAAAAAGGAAGAGUCCGAGGAGUCUGACGACGACAUGGGCUUCGGUCUUUUUGAUUAAAUGUUGUUUUUCUAAAAACACAAUAAAAAUGUGCUCCAAAAAAACGGUCUUGAAAUUUUUAUGUG